GCAUCGCUUGUGAACACACGCUGCUGAAUAGCUAGCAGGAGAUGAACUGUGAAUAACUGGUUAAUAAUAUUGCAGUUAGUGAAAGUCCCAGUGUUCCCAGUGUGAGUCGGGACAGCAUGGCGUCAGAGGAAGACGACGCUCUGCUGUUUCUCAUCUACCAACACCUGAAGCACGGAGGAUACAAGAAAGCUGCCAAAGGGCUGCAGAAACACCUUCCUCAGGUGGAGACAACAGAAGAAAGCUCCAACCUUCACGAUAUCUACACAGGCUGGAUGAAGUUGGGCUCUCUGGCGCAGCACGCCAAGCAGGAGACGGAGGACUCCACCGCUAUGAAGACGGAGAGCAUCAAACGAGAACCUGCAACCAGUGAAGAAGAAGAAGGAGAGGGUGCAGACUCCAAACUCUCCAACAUCCCGGAGGAGAAUCAUGUGGACACCAAACCUCCAUCAGAGUCCAUGACAGAAGCUGAAAGCGUCUCGGAGCCGUGUCAGCUUCCUGAAGGAGACGCCAAAACAACAAACUCUGAGGGUGACGACGGACAAGAGGAGAAAGAGAGAAAGAAGAGGAGGAGGAAAGACAAGCGGAGCCAGAGUCAGCUCCUGUGGAAGAGCCCGCUGAGGCGUCUAACGAGGCAGAAAGCGCCGACCCGGAGGAAGUGGAUGAACCCAGCGGCCAGGUCGAGCCCGCACGUGCUCCCUCUGAUCACGCUGAGGAUCAGCCCGCAGCUCCCGAGGCAGCCGCUUCAGAGCAGAAAGAGGACGCCGAUGAGCCAAAACAGGAGACAGAAGAAGCUCCAGACGCCUCUGAGGUCACAGAUGAAACCCCGACACUCGAAGAGACAGCUGUCAAUCAAACAGACGCGACAACGUCCUCGUCUCAGGAGUCAGGGGAUGAGGAAGGCAACGCAGCUGAGGAGCCGAGCCAGGCCGAGCCCACCCCGUCAGACCCGACAGCUCAGGAGACCAAUGAGCAGCCAGAAGAGAGUGAAGCCCCGCCUCCUGCAGAGUCUAAAAAGCAAAAGGAGGGAAAGGUAGCAGAGAACUCAAAGAUGGAGGUCGACUGUGAACCCGAGAAGAAGACGAAGGCAAACACUGACGUCCCCAUCGUCAUCGACUCUGCAGCUUCAGAGGAGAUCGUGGACCCAGACGUCUCAAUCGUCCCCGAAGCGGCUGGAGGAGACGCUGAAACUCCCAAGAAGAAGAGAA